AUGAACAAUGAUCUUCUUCUUGGACAGAUACUCCGGGUUCCUCCUAUCACAAGAUGCAUGGUUUUACUUAUAACAAUGGUAUCUCUUCUUGUGUAUGUGGAUGCUGUAUCUCCAUACAGCCUUUAUUAUUCUCCCUUGUUUCUUAGGAAGUUCGAAGUAUGGAGAAUAUUCACAUCGUUCCUUUAUUUUGGAAAACCAACAUUGGACAUGUUCAUGCAUGUGGUUUUUUUGUACCGCUAUUCUAGGAUGCUCGAGGAGGGAUGCAUUAACACUUCCGAAUAUUUCUGGUUGGUAUUGGUAAUAUCAUCUACUCUUUUUGCCAUAUCGAACAUCUACGGUAUAUCGGCACUAGGAACAUCAUUUUCUUCAACUAUAACAUACAUUUGGACAAAGAGAAAUCCAAGAGCCAUUGUUCAGAUAUUUGGAUUUAUUUCGUUUCCUGCAUUCUAUCUUCCAUUUAUUCUUCCUGGAUUCAUGCUAUUAACAAGGAGAUCAAUAUCUAUAGAUGAUGUGCUAGGAAUAGUUGUUGGGCAUUUGUUUCAUUAUUUCAAGGAUAUUUAUCCAAGAUGGGGACGCGAUAUUCUGAAGACUCCGUGUUGGGUUAAGAAACUUUUCAAAGAACAUCCUUCUGGCUGCUGCAAGACUCAGAAGGGAAUCACCAUAAGAGAAGGGAGAGAAAAGUACAAGAGAAACAUUGAAAACGGAAAUUUUGCUAAAACCGAUGAGAACAAUGAAGUGGGACUCAUAGAUGCAACAGAUCCUGAAAUCAAUAAAGUAGAUGAUGAAUAUGUAGGAGAGGAGAGCCCAAGCCAGAGUUGCACAGAAUCUUUAAGGGAAAAGGAUUUAUCCAUUGCAUUCUCUCAAAGACCUUCAAUAGUCUCUUCUACAGUGAUGACUUCCUCGAUAGGACCUGAAGAAAAUUGCUUGGGCGUUGUGGAGGCUUGCAGUAGCAAAGAGCCGGUGGCAGGAAAUGACCCCGAGAGUCGGUCUAACGAAGAAUGGGAUGAGAAAUGGGGAGAGAGCGAUAAUGAAAGUACCGGAUAG